GGGCCUGUCUCGCUCCACAAAGCUGCAACCUUGAGAAGUGAUUGUUGUUUUUUCCUUUUGUGGCUGUGCAGACUGUUCCUUUUUCUUUUUUCAAGAUGCCAUUUGCAGCCGACAAACUAUAUAAUGGUUAUUUACGGCGGAAGAUGCCGACCAUCGUCAGCAAGGUGAAAGUGAGAGAGAUCAUGAUCCAUCUGCCCUGCCUGACGGGCCACGACAGGGACACUAUCGAGGCGAAGCGAGAAACCUGCGGUAACUAUGACGGCAUGGUGCUCCUCCUGGAUUGUCUGAAGAGGAGAGAGAACUGGCCGGAGCAGUUCAUCGAGGCCCUGGAGGCGUGUGAGCAGACGGCCAUCGCUGCAGAGAUCAGAGCGGAGUACAGCGCUCUGAAGGGGGGAGCCAGUUCCGGUGCCGGCUCUCCUCCCACCACGGUGGUCAGAGCCCACGUUCACCCGGCUCCGGCUGCAGCGGCCGCCCCUCCCGAAGCCCCUGCAGGGCCAGAUGCUCAGGUGGCAGCUCCGCUGGAACCCCCCACGCAGCAGCAGGCCCAUCAGGACACACCUGAGCCGGAGCCGGAGCCUGCAGCUCCGUCUCCACCGUCAACACCUCCUCCGUCCCCCGAGGUCCCGCACGCUCAGGUGACCGAUACCCCGCCGCCGCAGACAGAGGUCAACUCUCACCCAGAGCCAGAGGAGAACACGGAGUCGGAUAUCCAAGAUGUUUCUGGAAACACAAGUGACAACGGGAGUUCUGGAGGCGAAGAGGAAGCUGCCAGCGUUGUGAGCGCCCCCCCAACAGCAGCUGCCACGAACCCCGAGCCGCCUCAGGGUCCAGCUCCUCCUCAGACGGGCUCAGACAUGGCAGACGGAUCCUCCCUUCCAACGAUGACCCCGGAGAACCGCCCGGUCCAGGAUACGGCCCCUCCGGUCCACAAAACCACCGCCCCGGUCUCACAGGCGGGGGGGACUCCUGCACCUCCGGCUCCACAGGUCGCUGAGCAGGCAGCUCCAGCCCCUGCCGACGACGAUGACGACGUGUUACUGAGCAAGCCGGGCGUGCUCUUGAGCGUCCUGCCGCCCGAUGGCCCCAACGCUACGAUGGAGGACUCCACCGUGCUGGUGCAGCCCUACUCCGGCGACAGCGGGCGCCUGGAAAUCAGCGAGUCUGCUUCCGACGCAGUCACCGUGACCUCCGUCCCCGCCUGCUCGGCCGCCGCGGCGGUACCGCCGGCGUGCCAGGAGAACGGCCUCGCUCCCGACCACAACCAGCCUGAAGAAAACCACUACGAGUCCCCGAGCAUGGGGGUGCUGGAGAACGUGGUGCACGUGUCCGAGAUGCCCUCCAUCCUCAACCUCGACGGUCAGGAUACUUCACCACACGUGGAGAUCAUGAAUGGAGAAACGGCCAAGGAUCAGCUGUCGAGUUUAAACGGCCCUGGGAAGGAGCGCUGCGUCCCGUCUGAGCCUGCAGCCGCGGAGAACGAAGACCCUCAGACCAGCAUCACCCAGCCAAACACAAAAUACAUCCUCACUGCUGCAGGAGUGGGCGCCUGUGCCCUGCUGUUCGCAUGGAAGUUUAAGAAAUAAGGCUUUUUAAAAUAUCUUAAAUCAAAGAAAAUAUUAGAGUUUAAGAAUCGUGGCUGAGGAUACGAAGGAUGUGGUGCACCGCACCAGAACGGCACGAGUCAGACGUUUAAUAAUUACGUACGGUAAUAAGAGCUGCCUCGCCAGACCUUUAAUCAAGUCUUUAAUCACACAUUUGUUAUCAAGGCUGACUGUAUUUUAUCUUUCUACUGUUGAGUGAGUUGUAGUCGGGGCAUUUGAUGUAAGUCGGUUUGAAUCUCAGGUUAUUUAUGCACUUGCUGCAAAUGUGGGAUUUGUGAAGGAACAGAGUGGAUGUGAAUCGAUGGGUGUUUGCAG